UGAAGACCCCACUGAUGCCAUUUGAGGAUGUUGAAGGUGCUCCCAGUGAGGCCCAGCCAGCAGCUUUGGUGGGGGCGACUGGAGAGGAUGUUGUGCGUGAGCUCACCAGCACUGAACAGACAGCGCUUGGAGCACGCGCCUGUGAGAGUUGGAGACCGGGCGCAGCUCAGCAGGGCCUUCACGCAGAGCGACGUGGCUGCCUUCUCAGAGCUCACUGGCGAUGUCAAUCCCUUGCAUUUAAGUGAAGAUUUUGCAAAACACACCAAGUUUGGAAAGACAGUUGUACAUGGAGUUUUGAUCAAUGGACUGAUCUCUGCUCUCUUGGGAACUAAAAUGCCAGGACCAGGUUGCGUGUUUCUUUCUCAGGAAAUUAACUUUCCGGCUCCUUUAUAUAUCGGAGAAGUUGUUUUGGCUUCUGCAGAAGUGAAAAGGCUGAAGCGUUUUGUUGCCUUUAUCGAAGUGUCCUGUUUAGUAAUAGAAAGUAAAAAGACUGUUAUGGAGGGCCAGGUUAAAGUCAUGCUCCCAGAAGCUUCUAAAUCCUGAAAUGUGUGUUGCAAGUUCCUAUGCUGGUACUGUGGUUAUUAAAGAAGCACCUGAGGAAGUGGGCUGCUGCUGUCACUGAGAUGUGGCUGAUAGGCCAGAAGCUGCAUGUGAGCGAAGGGGAGCGGGGUGGGGUGGGUGUGUUCAAAUACCUACUUUCCAGUUGGGCUUGAGCUUCACCCAGAUUUGAGUGCUUGGAGGAUUUCAUC